AUGGCUGCUGGCAGCUCCUCGCAACGGUCCGCAAAGGGUGCGGGAGGGGCGUUAUCGUACCACACAUCGUCAUACUGGAACUCUCGCUUCGCCACGGAUCCACGCGAAGCAUCGGGGUUCGAGUGGCUCUCAUCCUCCUCCUCUCUACUCUCCUGCAUCCCAUCAUGCAUCCUAACCUCACCCUCUCCCAGGAUCCUACACAUCGGAGUUGGGACGUCGUCGCUAUCCCUCGACAUUGCACGAUACUUCCACGCCCAAGAUGGCGAUUGCUCGAGAGCGGCGGGAGUGAUGAAUGUCGACUUUGCACCGCGAAGCAUCGAGUUCCAACGCAGCGCGGAACGACAGUGGCUCCAAUCCAUCGCUCACUCAGUCGAUGAGGUCAUGCCGUACAAAGUGCUCGAUUUGUUGGAUUGGAGUCAAGUUUGCGAGAUGCAGGGCGGAUUCGAUGUGGUGCUGGAUAAGAGUACCGCCGAUUCGAUAUCAACCGGUCAAGACCUACAUCUCGACGACUUGCCGACGAAUGCACACCCGGCGCUACGCAAAAUCGCUCAGCAUACCAAGGCGAUACCGACGAUUCAGGUCUUGGGCAUCCAUCUAGCUGCGCUGGUUAAGAAGGGAGGUGUCUGGCUGUGCCACAGCUACAGUUCGGAUCGAUGGGCGGAUGUGGUCGUUCCACCCGACGCUCAGCAAGUUUGGCCCUGGAGGCUCGGCGAGGUUGUAGACAUACCCGUCGAGUCGGAUAUCCCGAAUGCACCUCAGAUCCAGCAUCACAUCUACACACUCCAUCGAAUCUAA